AUGACCAUCCAUUUAGAUGAAAGCAGCUUUGCACGUCAGCCGUACUCCUCUAUAUUGAUCACUGGAUUUCUCGAGUCAAAAGACUACCGUAUGCAAUACGAUAGCAGCAGCCAAUUAUCGUUUGUAGGCACACAGCACGUGGGAUCAAAAGACCACUCACCAACGUCGGCGAUCACUCUAUACAAACACAUGCAAGCUAUCAAUUGCUGGGAAUACAACGCGAUCGAUGAUAGCUAUUAUGCACCCUUUUGCUUUCGGAUACCCGGUCACUUACCACCCACUAUUACAGCAAACAAUGUCGUGAUCCAAUACAACGUGAUGGCAACAACAGCGGCUGCAGGAAUGGAAAACAACAACAAUCCCCACUCUGUAACAUCAACAACGAUAUCAACAGCAUCGACGACAACAACAAUGUGCCACCCUGUUGAGCUCAUUGAUACCAGCUUGUCGGUUGCAGAAAAAAGCUUAUUAUUUCUGCCACGCUUGUAUUGGGGAACAUCAUCGUCAAAGAGGUGGCGAUAUGAAAUCGAGAUCCCAAGCAUGAUACCCUUGACCACAUUUGACAAAGAAGAGAGUGGAACAUCCAAUAAUAGUAGCAUUGUGAAUGCAUUGGUUGUGCGUGUUCAAUCAUGUUGGAACAACGAGGACAAAACACAGACGAAACUUGAAUAUGGUUUGAUUGGUUGUCAAAUCAUCGAGUCUAUUGGGACCGAGGCAAAGUGUAGUAAACCCAUUAAAGAAGGAGGGAGCGUUGCCAUGGUCACCACGCAUGUACUACCUUCUCCCCGCCAGACUUGGAGAUCUCCAUGUCGUUUGCCGUUAACUUCGUUUCCUGAACCACCAUCACCAACUUUAUCAAGUGACUUCGUUACCAUUCGCCAUCAACUCUUUUUAACGCUCUCGUUUCAUGAUACCCAUCACCAAGCUGAUCGUGUUGAGCUUUCAGUGCCAAUCACGCUUCUUGAUACCCGCCGUUUGAUGCAUCAACCACAGCAUAAGCCUCGUCCCACGCGACUUGCCAUUCCUGUAAAACCACAUGCAAGUACGACAAAUAGUGCGAGUAGUAGUAGCAGCGAUGAUGGCGACAGCCGUGAUAGUGGUGUUUGGCUAACCAGCUGA